AUGAGCGAGACUUUCCUUUUCACCUCUGAAUCUGUUGGCGAAGGCCACCCUGACAAGAUCUGUGAUCAAGUCUCUGAUGCUAUUUUGGAUGCCUGUUUGGCCCAAGAUCCCAUGUCUAAGGUUGCUUGUGAAACUGCUGCCAAGACUGGUAUGAUCAUGGUCUUUGGUGAAAUCACCACCAAGGCUAACCUCGAUUAUCAAAAGAUCAUCCGUAACGCCAUCAAGCAAAUUGGUUAUGAUGAUUCCGAGAAGGGUUUCGAUUACAAGACCUGUAACGUCUUGGUUGCCAUUGAACAACAAUCUCCUGAUAUUUCUCAAGGUUUGGUUCAAAAGUCCUUCAACAUUGAAGACAUUGGUGCCGGUGAUCAAGGUAUCAUGUUUGGUUAUGCCACUGACGAAACUCCCGAGAUGAUGCCCUUGACUGCUGUCCUCUCUCACAAGCUCAACAAGCGUAUGGCCGAUCUCCGUCGUGAUGGUACUCUCUCUUGGUUGCGUCCUGAUUCCAAGACCCAAGUUACCAUUGAAUACAAGAACGAGAACGGUGCCAUGGUCCCUCUCCGUGUCGAUACCGUCGUCGUCUCUGUUCAACAUGCUGCUGAGAUUGAGACUGAAGAUCUCCGUAAGGCCUUGAUGGAACACAUCAUCAAGCCCGUUAUCCCCGAACACCUCUUGAAGGAUACCGUCUACCACUUGCAACCCUCUGGUAAGUUCAUCAUUGGUGGUCCUCAAGGUGAUGCUGGUUUGACCGGUCGUAAGAUUAUCGUUGAUACCUAUGGUGGUUGGGGUGCUCACGGUGGUGGUGCUUUCAGUGGUAAGGAUUGGUCCAAGGUCGAUCGUUCCGCUGCCUACACUGCUCGUUGGAUCGCCAAGUCUUUGGUCAAUGCUAAGCUCGCUCGUCGUGCCCUUGUCCAACUCUCUUACGCCAUUGGUGUUGCCGAGCCUCUCUCCAUCUUUGUUGAUACCUACGGUACCUCUGACAAGUCUACUGCUGAAUUAGUCAAGAUCAUCCGUGAUAACUUUGAUCUCCGUCCUGGUGUCAUUGUCAAGGAUCUUGAUCUCUUCAAGCCCAUCUACCAAAAGACUGCUGCUUACGGUCACUUUGGUCGUGAUGAAUUCACUUGGGAACAUCCCAAGGAACUCAAGUUCUAA